CCUCCUUGCAUAAACAGUUGAUACCGCACCUUCACUUUCACCAAGUCCGGCUCUUCUUCUUCCCCAUGUCGACGGCCAAGGUGUUGCUCCCGGUGCCUAAGUCUGUCUCUCACCAUCAUCAAAGGAACCCUCUUCGCCUCGCCUUUGCCCAUGGCUCCACCGAAGCAUUCUUCCCGCCUAGUAUCCGUCGUCGCCCCUCCCUCCACUCGAUUCGCACGAGGUCUCGGAAGAUAUCUGCUUGUACGGCAUAUGUCGAGAGCAGGCCGUUGGGGGAACGAAAUGUAAACCGACAAAACAUGGAUCGGGAGGCCAGGAUAAGGAAGCAGCUACAAAACCCAAAAUUCUCGCCAUCACCGUAUGACACGGCAUGGGUAGCUAUGGUUCCAUUGCCGGGUUCUCUUCAGGAUCCAUGUUUCCCACAGUGUGUGGAAUGGAUAUUGCAAAACCAACAUGGCAAUGGAUAUUGGGGAUCCGGUGAAUUUGACUCACCAGCCAGCAGGGAUGUUCUGUUAUCCACAUUGGCAAGUGUUAUUGCACUUAAGAAAUGGAAUGUUGGCCCUGAGGAAAUAAUGAGAGGACUACAAUUUAUUGGAAGAAAUUUCUCUAUAAUCAUGGAUGAGCAGACAACUGCUCCAAUUGGCUACAAUCUCACUUUCUCUUCUUUGCUCAUCCUGGCCAUUGAGAUGGGUCUGGAACUUCCCGUUAGCCAUGCCGACAUUAAUGUGAUAGUUCGCCAUCGGGAGAUGGAAAUAGAAAGACUUGACGCGGAGAAAUCUUCGACGAAAGAAGUAUACUCAUCUUAUGUUGCUGAAGGGUUAGUAAACGUGCUAGACCUGAGUGAAGUUAUGACGUUCCAAAAGAAGAACGGAUCAUUGUUCAACUCUCCAUCCGCAACUGCUGCUGCAUUAAUUCGCAACUAUGAUCUGGGAGCCUUCGAAUACCUAAAUUUGAUUGUCAGUGAAUUUGGAAGUGCAGUACCUGCAAUGUAUCCACUAACGGUACAUUAUCAGCUUUCUAUGGUGGAUACGCUCCAAAAGGUCGGAAUAUCUCGUUUUUUUUCUUCUGAGAUAAAUCACAUUUUGGACAAGACAUAUAGUCUGUUGUUAAAGAGAGACGAUGAAAUCAUGUCCAAUGUAGAAACAUGUGCAGUGGCGUUUCGUAUUUUACGAAUGAAUCGUUAUGAUGUGUCCUCAGAUGUGUUGUCCCAUGUUGCUGAAGCGUCCACUUUACUUGACCCACCUCAAGAAUAUGUUACUGAUACAAAAUCCCUAUUGGAACUAUACAAGGCUUCAAAAGUUAUUUUGUCACAAAAUGAAUUGGUCUUGGAGAAAAUUGAAAAAUGGUCGAGAAGCUUGUUAAAGGAAAUAAUGUGCAGUGAUAUGGCCCAAAGAAUACCUGCGGUCAUUGAAGAGGUAGAGUAUGCUCUUAAAAUUCCAUUCUAUGCCACAGUGGACCCUCUAGAUCACAAGUGGAGCAUUGAACAUUUUGAUGCAAUGGAUUCUCAUAUGAUGAAGACAAAAUACAUAAUCAGGUCAUGUGGUGUCAAUAAAGAUAUUCUUGCUUUGGCUGUUGAGGACUUCUGUGUUUCUCAAUCUAUUUACCAGCGUGAAGUCGAGCACCUUGAUAGUUGGGAGAAAGAGUGCAGGCUUGGGGAGCUACAAUUUGCACGACAGAAGAUGAAAUAUUGUUAUCUCUGCGCUGCUGCCUCCAUAACUCCACAUGAACUGUCUGAAGCUCGUGUUGCUUGUGCCAAAGCUACUAUACUCACAAUUGUCAUUGAUGACUUCUUCGAUUCUGGAGCAGGAUCACCCGAAGCACUAGCAAACCUCAUAAGUUUAGCUGAGAAAUGGGAGGAUCCUCAUGAAGAUGACUUCCACUCAGAGGAGGUUAAAAUUCUAUUCUAUGCUCUGUAUAAAACAAUGAACCAGAUUGCGGCAGCUGCUUCUCCAUUACAAAACCGUGAUGUUACCAAGGAGCUGGUUGAAACAUGGCUAGCUCUAAUGAGGACUGAGAUGACUGAGGUAGAAUGGAGAAAUAGCAAACAUCUACCAAGUUUUGAGGAAUACAUGAAGGUCGCAUAUGUCUCGUUUGCACUAGGUCCCAUUGUGCACACACCAAUGUAUUUUCUCGGAGUAAACUUCCCGGAGCACGUGCUCAGGGAUGAAGAGUAUGAUGAGUUAUUUACCAUAAUGAGCUCAUGUUGCCGUCUUUUGAACGAUAUUCGAGGCUUUGAGAGGGAGCUCAGCCAUGGUAAACUAAAUAGCACUUUACUGCUUGUUCGUCACAGUGGUGGCUCCCUGUCCAUAGAAGAGGCUAAACAGGAGAUACAGAGGUCCAUAGCUUCACUAACAACAGACCUGCUAAGGUUGCUUCUUAGAGAAGAUAAAGUUGUUCCCAUGCCAUGCAAGGAGAUCUUCUGGAGGUUCAACCAGACAGGUCACCUGUUCUACACUCGGAUCGAUGGUUUCACCUCGCCGGAGGAAAUGGUUGGCGCUGUGAAUGCAGUGGUCUACGAUCCCCUGAAGCUCCAAGGUGGAACCGUCCCAUCUUUGUCUGCUCAAUUGGAAAAUUAAGAACAUAUAAAUUAAUAAAGGAUGCUAGGUUUGACCCUAU